AGCUCGCAUCGCACAGAGUACGACUAUGGCUCCCGACAAGGCACCUUUGGACCACCAGUCUGCGCAGGGGGCUCAACCUAAGACGCCCGAAGCCGAAGUUCCAGCGUGGACGGUCGCACCCGCAAAACGUCAGAAGCCAACAGCGGCAGACGUACCGCAAGCCCACCGGACCGGAGCACCAGCAGUUCGGCACACGGCAUCGUGGGAUCUAUUCAACCCUUCGACGGAGGACUUCGUCCUGCUUGACACACCGUGCUUCUGAUGACAACGGUCUCGUCAUGAGUGCUGCUGCGUCGUCGUCGAGAUGGAAGAGCUACAGGAACCUGUUCUGGGGAAAUAUCCCUCCGCCCCCAAAUUGCGCAUGUACGCACCAAGGAACCGGACCAAUAGUUCACGAAUGGGUUCCGGUACGCUCGGGCGCUGCGAGCUGUGCCUUUGUAGUCCUUGCUACGCAGAGUGCUGCCAUGCUGCCUGCUGCACGCAUACGGUUGGGUUGGACUUUCAUCAAUCGAGUGACAAGCAAGGAUGACCUCAAGUCAGACGUGAUGUAUUUUGCGGCGGAGCUGGUUGCUUGCUUCUAGAGUGUAUGCACUACAGGAGUCGCGCUCCAUGAGGAGAGGUUGUCAUGUGUGCGCCGCGGUCAUCUCUUUUUUUUGGCAGGUCUCUUUCUUGUCUCCGCGCUAUAGAAUGUUUUUUUUUAUUUUGUUCGCAGUCAUGCUUCUUAUUUUUAAUAUGUGCCCUCGGGAGCCCCGCAUCUUCUCCGGAAGAACCAAUUGCUCUGCAGAACCUACCGGCAGUCGUUGUCAUGGAGCGGUUGAUUUGUUCUCACGUGAGGUUUGUUCGGAUUUUCAUAUAUUGUCACAAUUUCGAAAAAAAAUUCGCUGGUGACGGUCACCCAAAUGGUACUUCCGAGGUGCAUUGUGUUUUGGAGGAACAAAGAAAUCCACUACUAUUUAGUUGCUCCAUAACAAUUGUGCGUGGGGGCGGGGUGAGGGGGUCCUGUCCCUCGCAUUUGUUACGAAAUAUGUUUUGAGGCUUCUUUGUUUAUCGUUUUUCUUAAGUGUGCAAUAUGCGUUUUUCAAGUCUCGCUGUUCGCAUAGAAGUAGCUUGACGGUUGGGCUAGAGUACCGGUAGUUUCUGCCGGCUGGGCAAUGUAAGUGUUUCGUGUUUUUGGUGAUGGUUGUUUCUCAAUUAGGUGGGCGCUGAGCUUGUAUUCGGUGUUGAGCUUCAUGUGUCUAGCAGAGGGGUUGACACGUGGCGCCGACGUACUGUAGCUUCUUGUGCGCCCCGUAGCGCAACAACAGAAGUCGCGCAAUCAGUUUAUGUCGUAUUGUUUACGGAUCACGCCGGAGGAUAGAACGCGAUUCGAGGGAAUGGGGUUUUGCAUCAUCUCUGUGUGAUGAAUUUUAGUUUGUGUUCGAGAAUACCAAGUAAAUACACUUUGAGGGAAGGACCUACAUGUGGUGAGUUUUUUCGCGAGGAAGCAUAACGGCAUGCAUGCGCCGCAACUGAAUUCUGCCGCGUUACACGCGACAGCUCUUCAACUAGAGCGAUGACAAACCACACGGUAGGGGAUCUUAAGGGCAACGAAGGAUGAAUGGGAACGCGGGAUUAUUUAUUAUUUUUCAAGCUCACCGCUUGUUGUUGGACCAGUACGGAUAUCAGACUGAGCGGAGACCGCAGCGGUUUUUAAUGUUUAGACAACGACAAUAACAACGGCAACCGCUUGCAUGCCACAUGCAUAUGUACAAGCGCGGUUGGGAUUACCUGAACAUUUGGUCGUAUCGAUCCGUCCCGCGUCGUGUUUUCUUUUUCGGGAGGUCUGAUGCUGCAUAACUAAUCAAGUUUGCGAUCGU